AUGCCUCCCAAGUCAUCCUCCCGAGCAUGGGAUGCUCUUGAUCCAGCAUUGUCGCAAUGGACUCUCGACGCGGUGAGCUCAAUGGGCUUCACGCGCAUGACUCCAGUCCAAGCCUCGGCCAUCCCUCUGUUUAUGCAACACAAAGAUGUGGUUGUGGAAGCUGUCACAGGAAGUGGAAAGACAUUGUCAUUCCUGAUCCCAAUUGUAGAAAAACUCCUCCGUCUUGAUGAGCCUCUGAAGAAGCACCACGUUGGAGCAAUCAUCAUUUCCCCCACCAGAGAACUAGCUUCCCAGAUUCACCAAGUCCUGUUGUCCCUCUUGGAAUUCCACGCAGACUCAGCGGCAGCUAUCAAGCCCGCUGAAGAGGGUGCUCCUCGUCAGAAAUCUUCGACAAAGAGGGUCGUGCCACAACUUCUUCUGGGAGGUGGAACAUCCCCGGCAGAGGAUCUGAAGCUCUUCCUCAAGACCUCGCCCAAUGUCCUUGUUGGUACUCCCGGAAGGCUGUUGGAACUUCUUUCAUCACCCCAUGUUCACUGCCCCCAGUCAACCUUCGAGAUGCUUGUGCUGGAUGAGGCCGACAGACUUCUGGAUCUUGGAUUCAAGGAAGACCUACAAAAGAUUCUGCGCCGCUUGCCUAAACAAAGGAGAACGGGAUUGUUCAGUGCCAGUAUCAGUGAAGCAGUGGAUCAAAUCGUGCGCCUUGGUCUGCGAAACCCAGUCAAGAUUGCCGUCAAGGUCAAAGGAGCCGGUGCGGAAGAAAAGCGCACUCCAGCAAGUCUGCAGAUGACGUAUCUGACGACACCGCCGCUUCACAAAUUUGCUAUUCUCAAGCACAUUCUUUCCACAGUUCAACCUACACCCCAAAAAACCAUCUUCUUCGUAUCGACAUGUUCCAGUGUUGAUUACCUUGCCACAAUACUACCAAUCAUCCUAGGAAGUGACUUCCUACUUGUUCCCCUGCAUGGAAAGCACCAGGCAAAUGUCCGCCAAAAGAACUUCACCAAAUUCACCACCUCCACCACCCCCUCCAUCCUCCUUACCACCGAUGUCGCCGCUCGCGGUCUUGACAUUCCCUCAGUCGAUCUUGUGGUUCAGAUCGAUCCCCCAUCAGACCCUAAGACCUUUAUUCACCGAUGUGGUCGAGCCGGCCGCGCGGGUCGCAGGGGUCUCAGUAUCGUUCUCGUCCACCCAGGCCGUGAAGAAGAUUACGUCUCGUUCUUGGAAAUCCGGAAAACGCCCGUUGCGCCAUUCAACCUUACCGAGCUCUCUGACGAAGAGGCCAUGGCCUCUAUCGACAAGGUUCGCCGAGCCGCGAUGAAAGACCGUGCCAUGUACGACAAGGGCCAGAAAGCAUUUGUCAGCUGGCUGCGCAGCUACAGCAAACACCAAGCUAGUAGCAUCUUCCGAGUCGCGGAUCUGGACUGGGAAGCUCUUGGCAAGGCCUGGGGUCUCCUCAGACUGCCCAAGAUGCCGGAGUCGCGCUCAUUCGAGGGCGACAAGUCUCUUGGCGUUAAGAUGGACUGGGACAACUACGCCUACAAGGACAAGCAGCAGGAGAAGCGUCGCCAGGAGGCGAUUGCAGAGGCUGCCAAUGCAACCAAUGCCGAGCAAGGCAGCAAGCGACGGGCUACAGAGAGUGUGGCCUGGAGUCAAAAGACCGAGGAUCGGGACCAGAGACUCAAGAAGAAGGAGGCCAAGAAGGCUCGCAAGGAGAAGGAUAGGUGGGAUAAUUUGCCAGAGGACCAGAAGCAGCAGGCUCUUGAGACAGAGCGUAUGAUUGAAGAGAUUCGGGCCAGAAAUGAACAGCAGCGGUUGCUGAAAGCGGCUGGUAAGACGGAAGGUGCCGAGGGUGCUGAGGGUGAAGAGUUCAAAGGCUUCGAUUGA